UUGCUAGCUAGCCUGCCUAGUAAGGUUGGCUUCAUAGCAAUCACAGAAAAAUAAAGUGGUGACAGCUGCAUAGAAGUACGGUAUUUGACAAGAGUUAAAGGGUAUAUUGGGAGGUGGUGUCCCGUCCCCCAGGCCGUUUGCAUGGUGUACUGUACUACCUGAUAGGAUCAUGUAGUGGAAUGGUAACGUUAGUGGGUUUUUAAUGAGUGUAGGUGGCAGCUGCAGAGAAAUACCUUGGCGUACGAGAUUUUACUGCAGAAGAAGUAAUGGGGGAUUUUAUUGAAAUAGGGGUAUAUACUGUAGGUGUAGGGUUAGUUGGUGGAUUUAUUUAUUUUAGGAACAGGAAUAAUGAGAAUUGAAUGUUGGUAGGAAAUGACUGGCCUCAAUUUUUAGUACAGCAGCGGUGUAUGUACAUUUAAAUUGUAUGCGAUAGGCCAAUCCCGAAGAAGGAGAAUCAAAUCAAAUGUAUUUAUAAAGCCCUUCUUACAUCAGCUGAUAUCUCAAAGUGCUGUAUAGAAACCCAGCCUAAAACCCCAAACAGCAAUGCCGGUGUAGAAGCAAUGCAGAGAAGAGGCUAGCUGGCUUGUGCUUGUAGUCAAAUAAUAUAAAAAAAUAUGUUAAACGAAAUCGUUUUUCGUGCGCGUGUAGCGUCCGUUAUGGAAACUUUAACAGCAGCAGCCGUGCGAGCAGUGUGUCUAAUAAUGGAAGAAAGCUACGCUGCUCUACGUGUAGCCAUGAACCGAACAGGAAGCCCCUGACGAUGGAGAAGGAGACUGUGCAAGCAUUUAACCCAUGCCGUUCUCCUGAUCGUAUACAAAUGGAAGGUUUGAGAAAGACCCCUGUUGAUGAACAGCAGGAUGAAGACGAGGCCAGCGGUGCUGAUAUGGAAGAUGAUCCCAUGGACCAUGAUGAUCUCACAGGUCAUGAUGAUUACACUCCACUGUUACCGAUGUCAUCGCAAGGACCAUCACAGCCUGUUAAACCAAAGACCACAUCCUCUCUGGUUAAGCUUACGGAAGAUGAGGUGCACCAUUCUAUUGUUCCUGUCAAUUCUCUACUAUCACUCACAAGAUGCACAACCUGCUGCAAAUUGUUCCACUGUCCACUUUGUCUCAGCUUUAAACCAACCAAACGCUCAAGAUUACAGCGCCAUGUUGAUGUGCACCUGAAAAAUGCGGUGUCUUUCAAAGAUAAAAAGAUUUGCAAAUGCAAUUUGGACUGUAGGACAGAUGGCCAUUAUCACUGCCCCCAGUGUGAGAGAACUAUCAUCAGGAGGGAUGCCAUGACAAGUCAUCUGCUGUUGUGUCAAGGGGCUUCCGCUCCUGUUUCAUCAGCUGUACUGCCCACACCUGCUGUAAACCAGCGUAUUCAAAUCACCACCCAUAUCCAACUGCCUCAUAGUCCAGCCUAUAGGACUCUGACGACUAUGUGUGAUCACUGUGGCUUUGUGCUCCUGAGAAAGAACUUGAAGCAGCACCUGCUGAGGAAACACCCGGAGAUAGCCACUCCAUUGGAGGGAGCACAAUCAGAUCCUGUGUCUGUGGCACAACAACACGGCACCAUGAAACACGCUGAAGGGACCAGGCGGAGACGGAGACUGACCGCCACCUGCACCAUAUGUGGGCGUCCGGUGACCAUGAAGAACAUGCGAGCACACAUGAACAGAAAACACCCUGAUUCCUGGUAGAUGCCUGCUUUGCAAACAUAGGCAUUAUAGCCUGAUCCCAGAUCUGUUUGUGCUUUUGCCUUUUGUCAUUGAGAAGCAAAACAAUUUGGCCAAGGAAAAGAGUACAAGGAGUGGAAUGUUAGCAAAACAGGUUCUGGAUUUCAGGCUAUAGGCUUAAUGCAUCAACUACUUAAUUGAUGGCUGAGUUCUAUUAUAUAUUUUUUUAUAACAAAUCUUGUACAUUAAUGUUGUAUAUAUUUUUUUACCAUACAAAUAGAGAAAAUUGCAUUUGUUAAUCUGACCCUUCAGUGUUAUUGGGUUAUGUUUAUGACUUGGCUGCCAGUUCCAUUUCCAAGGCCUGAGUUCUGGUCUUGCAAACAAGCACAACAAACAAUUGGGGAGAAUUUAUAGAAUAUAAUUUAUACCACUAUAAACAUUUAGUUAUUUUGAACAUUUCUUGCAGUCUCUAUAACUUGUUAAAGUUGACUAUUGUACAAAGUAUGUUGAAAAGCUGGGGAAUCAUGCUCCACUCACUCACACCAAAUAAUGGUGGUUCAAAUCUAGGCUGUUAUAAUCAAGUUAUUUAGCUUAGAAUGUUAUAGCUGUAGAAAGGUACAUAGCAGCUCAUAAGAUCAAGAGGAUGAGAAUGUUUGAAAGUUUGUUCUGGCAGUUUGUCUUGUUGUUUUUGUUUAGUGGGAGAGAGAAAAAACGCCACUUACGCUGUUGGGAAAUGUAUUA